UGAACAUCUUGGAAACAACGUGUCUCCCCCUAACCGUUCUCUCUCUCGGCAUGCACAACUUCCUUUUUUCUCUUCCAAAUUCUUCCUUUCUUGCGCAUUUACCUACUAUUUCUAUAAGCCUAACAAUAAUCACUUUUGUAUAGGUAAUCCCCCCACCUAAACUUCUCCUACUUUUUCAACCCCAUCUGGUUUUAUUCCAUUUUCUCUGCUUUAUUAGAUUCUGUUUCUCUUCUUUAUUUACCCACCUUUAAAGUGGAAAACAGAGACACAGUUGUGUUUUUCUUUCUUUUGGGGUGUCAAUGGAAAAGAAUGAUGGGUUUGAUCGUCGGUUGAGUGAUUCGUGUGAGGUUCCUGUUGAUUUCGAAGUCGAAAUACACGAGGAAAAUGGCAAUGAAACGAAAAAAGAGACUAAUGGCGAUACUAUCAAUGUGGAAGGAUCUGCUAGCGAGAAUUGUGCUGGGGAUAGUGUUAAAAAUGUGGAAAAGCCUGUGGAGAAAUUGGAACCUGGUACCAGUCAGCCAGUUAAAGCUGUUGGAAGACGCAAACAAAACCAGAAUAGAGCUCUAGGUCUGCUAACAGCAAAGCUUUUUGAUGAUAAACUUCCUUUAAGAAAAAAGCUCAAAUUGUUCAAUAGGCUUGCAACUGUUCAAGAUGAUGGUACCGUGCAAUUUGAAGUUCCGGGGGAUAUUAAACCCGGAAAACUUGAUUUUGGCACCGGAGUUGUUUACAAUGGAGCUACAAGUGAAGCAGCAAAUGAUGUAGCUGAUAUUCCGGAGUUACCUCCGUUGCAAAUUGUUAUGCUCAUUGUUGGGACGAGGGGAGAUGUUCAACCCUUUGUUGCCAUUGGGAAAAAGUUUCAGGAAAAUGGUCAUAGGGUGAGACUAGCAACUCAUGCAAAUUUUAAAGAGUUCGUCUUGGGUGCUGGAUUGGAAUUUUAUCCUCUAGGUGGAGAUCCAAAAGUUCUAGCUGCAUACAUGGUAAAGAAUAAAGGGUUUUUGCCAUCUGGACCUUCUGAAAUACUUAUUCAACGAAACCAAAUAAAAGAUAUUGUAUUCUCCUUACUACCUGCAUGCGUAGAUCCCGAUCCAGAGUCCAAUGUUCCAUUCAAAGUAAACGCCAUUAUCGCCAAUCCUCCUGGAUAUGGACAUAUGCAUGUAGCAGAGGCCCUGAAAGUACCAUUGCAUAUAUUUUUCACAAUGCCAUGGACGCCUACUAGCGAGUUUCCACAUCCUCUCUCUCGUGUCAAGCAGUCAGUUGGUUACAGACUAUCAUAUCAAGUCGUUGAUGGACUGAUCUGGCUUGGGAUUCGGGAUGUGAUAAAUGACUUUAGGAAGAAAAAGUUGAAGCUAAGGCCAAUAACUUAUUUGAGUAACUCCAACAGUUUUAAUCCAGAUGUGCCUUAUGGGUAUAUAUGGAGUCCACACCUAGUUCCUAAACCCAAAGAUUGGGGCCCAAAAAUUGACGUCGUGGGGUUUUGCUUCCUAGACCUUGCUUCCAAUUAUGAACCACCAGAAUCACUUGUUAAGUGGCUUGAAGAUGGUGAAAAGCCUAUAUAUAUUGGCUUUGGAAGUCUUCCUGUUCAAGAACCUGAAAAAAUGACCGAGAUAAUUGUUCAAGCUUUAGAAAUUACUGGACAAAGAGGUAUCAUUAACAAAGGCUGGGGUGGCCUUGGGAGCUUGAAGCAACCAAAGGAUUUUGUGUACCUGUUGGAUAAUUGCCCUCAUGAUUGGCUGUUCCUGCAAUGUGCUGCUGUGGUGCAUCAUGGAGGUGCUGGAACAACUGCAGCUGGACUGAAAGCCGCGUGCCCAACAACCGUGGUACCUUUCUUUGGGGAUCAACCCUUUUGGGGCGAACGUGUGCAUGCUAGGGGGGUUGGUCCUGCUCCCAUCCCUGUGGAUGAGUUCUCCCUUGAAAAGCUGGUCACUGCCAUCCAGUUCAUGCUAGAUCCAAAGGUAAAAGAACGUGCAUUAGAAUUGGCAAAAGCCAUGGAAAAUGAGGAUGGAGUGACUGGAGCUGUGAAAGCAUUCUAUAAACAUUUCCCGCGAGAAUCACUUGAGCCUAAGCCUGAGGUGGCGCCUCGUCCUCACCAUUUCUUUUCCCUUAGACGCUGUUUUGGACACUCCCCUACUUCUGUAUGAUCACUGAUGUUAUAGAAAUAGAAAAGCUCGUCGGAUUUGUAAUCUCUGUUUAAAAAGGAAUUCAUAAAAUAUAGGAUCCAAUACCAUGAUAGAAUUCAAGAUCAUGAUUAGAUCUUGUCCUGAGUUUGAUAGUAUUUCCGAUUAUGUCUUUUUUUUU